GGUGAAAAUGUAACUAACGUAAGAUCUAACAACUGUUUUGUUAGUACCUGAAAUAGAACCAAACAAUAAAAACAGCGCAGAAAAUAAAACACAAUCCAACAAUUAUUUGAACUUUUGUUUCUUAAUCAUUCUUGUUGUUGCAACCUAUGGUUGAAGGCGGAUAGGCGGAGUAGAUGAGAGGGCUGUUGGGCAGGCAGGCGACACUGAAAGAGAGAAUUGGCCAUUUUCCAAUAUAAUCUCUCUUCCUCUCUUUCUGCAGUUGAGGUGCUGCCGACGGCGGCGGUCCGCGGCGGCCCUCUCUUCUUAUUUUUCUCAAAGUUCGAGGCUUGGGGAUGGGGAUUCUGAGGAGAAUUGCGGGGUUUUUAGGGUUUGGAAAGGACGAUCUGCACGAGGCGAGGGACGACGAUGAGGACGACGAAGACGAACAAAUUAAUCGUGUGAAUACAGAGGAAGCUCGUCUUCCUCGUAAGGGGUUCGGUGUGCCGGUUCAAGUGGCCGUGGAGAGAGCCCCAGUUGGCCCCGUUCUUGUUCCUUGUAGUUCCGCCGAUGGUGGCGUUCAAGGCCUGCAAUGGUAUGCAAAGCGUCUCAGGGUAGAUGAAGACGGAGAUGUUGCGGAUGAGUUUCUCGGUGAGGUCUCCCCAGAGACAUCUAAUGCAGAAGAUCACCAAAGACCGUUGCCAAGGUUUGAAGUGAAGUACCGCACCCGACCGGCAAAGGUGAGGAGCCAAGUUAUGUCGCCUGAUGGGAAAGUUCAACAAUGUGUGGAAUGCCAAGGUAGAUUGCGGUGGGUAUGAUGGGCUGUGUGUGUUCUCAUGAUCAUUGAGAAGCCCUCAGGCGUUUGAGGGUGGAUCACUCUCCAAUUUAUCAUCAUGGCUACAGGGCUAGCUAAUAGAUUCUUUCAGGAUGGAUCCACAUAUGUUCUGCCAUUCUGGUUUUAAUCAAGGGUUUCUCAAGCAAAGAUUUGGGUUGUACCUGUGCAUCUUGUGAAUCAUCUGGAACUCAUGCAGAUGUUUAACAUUUGAAAUUAAUGUAUCCAUUAGUUUGUGUCCACAUAUAAAUGUACACAAGAAAUGAGUUCAUUAAUUUUACUUUUUUUUUUC